AUGUCUGCAAACACCAACGGCGCUUCUAGCGAGGGUUUCUUCUUAACUCCGCACCAGCAGAAUCUGCUGUUUGCUGCCCUCAACGCAAACAAGCCGCAGCCAUCGGCUUCUGCCGCGCCGAACCCAGUAUCGCUGUCCCCCAGCUCCUUCAAGAACUCCCCUGGCAAUGGCGCGGCCGUCACCGGAGGCUACCAGGAUAGUCCCUUCCUCGACAACUAUGAAUACGAGUUUGCCGACUCCAGCUUCGACUUUUCCUUUGCGGACAAUGAUCAGACUACCAUGAUUGGCGACAUGCCUUCUACAUCUGACAAGUCCGACACACCGGACGAUGAUCUCCAUGAGAAGCGAAGCUAUCCUGACGAAGAUGAUGACGCUUUCGAGAAUGACCCCAAAAGGCGAGAGGGUGGCGAAAAGGUUCCCAAGAAGCCUGGCCGCAAGCCACUAACCUCAGAACCGACUUCCAAACGCAAGGCGCAGAACCGUGCUGCUCAGAGAGCAUUCCGUGAGAGGAAGGAAAAGCACCUCAAGGACCUCGAGACCAAGGUUGAGGAGCUAGAAAAGGCAUCUGAGGUUGCUAAUCAUGAGAACACAAGGCUUCGAGCUCAGGUUGACCGCAUGAACACUGAGCUGAAGCAGUACAAGCAAAAGAUGUCCAUGCUUGCCCAAUCUAAGCCAUCACCACAAGCGAUGCCCUUUCCUAACACCACUGUCAACGGUAUCAAUGAUGUCAACUUUCAGUUUGAGUUCCCCAAGUUUGGUGCUCUCCCUGGCCCCCCUCUUAACAAACCCCAGAGAUCUGUUUCACAGCCUCUCAGCCCGCAGCAUGGCACCUCGGUCUCCAGUCCUGCACUCAGCAUGAGUAGCGACGUGAAAUCUCCCCAGCAGUCGGCGGCGCAGUUCAAGGAGGAUCUGGCCAAAUUUUCCAACAUUUUCUCUCCUUCGAUGAGCAGCUCCGUCGCCAAUGGCUCGCGCGCGAGCGUUGAUUCCGCCAACUACAGCUUCCCGGGGGCCACAAGCUCACCAUCCGCUUCGUCAAACUCCAAUGCUGGGCCCAGCUCAUCCUGCGGCACCUCCCCCGAACCAUUUACACAGUCCCCCAUGGGAUUCAAGCCAAUCGAUGCACUCAGCACAAUCGGUGAGGAGCAGGUAUCUACGAAUAGCACACAACAGGCAUUUACCAACUUUGCCAAUGCCGACUUUGGCACCAACAGCCUGGACUGGCUGGCGCAGCAAAACGGUGGACAGUUUGAUCCUCAGCUGUUCAACAACUACAGAGAGCCCCAGCAAAAUAUCAUGGCCAACCCAUCCUUUGACGAUUUCUUCAACGACGCCUUUGACGCCGACUUCCUCACACCUUUCAACACAGCCCCCAACCCCAACCUUACAAGGAAGACCAAUCUCAUGGCCGAGAUUGAUGCUCAGCAGAAGGCUGUCGAAGACGAUGUCCCGGUUAUCGGCAAGAAUAGAAGAGCGCACGAAAUUUGGGAGAAACUACAGGAGUGUCCCAAGGCCCAGAGCGGCGAUUUUGAUCUCGACGGGCUGUGCAGUGAGCUCACCAAGAAAGCCAAGUGCUCCGGCAGCGGCCCCGUGGUUGGCGAGGUCGACUUCGACACCAUACUCAAAAAGUACAUGGGUAAGGAUGUCGCCUCCGAGUGCGUCGCCGACAAGCUCGGCAUCGAAGUGGCCAGGAGCAAGCCCGCCAAGAACUAG